UCAUUCUCAUUGUGGGUUUACUUUAGUUUUCGUCCCCAAAAACUGAAUCCAUGUCGAAGAAGAGGAAAUCCGAUGCGACGCGGCUGGACGAGAUGGAUCGGAGCAUGUACAACACCUUCUGUAGCGCUGCUAAUUCUCUUUCGCAGCUUUAUUCUCAGGCCAUGAACCACCAGCAUUUCUCUUUCCAGGCCGGAGAACGUCACGCCCUGGAGAAACUUUUUCAAUGGAUUUUGAGGAAGCAGCAAGAAGGAUCAUGGAUGACAACAGCUGAAAUAGUUGCUUAUUUGCAGAAUGAACUUGAAUAUGAAGCAGAAGAGUCUCCAAUGUCCCCCAUACCAUCAUUUAACCAGAACCCUCAAACCGCUAUGCACAUGAACACCGUAGGUACUCCCUUUUCUGCAUCAACAAUCGGACAAGGAGCUCGUUCUGGUGAUUACCAAACAAAGAACUCGGAAUUCUCAAAUGCAAUCUCAAGCCCCAUUCGAGGGAGCCUUCAGCACUACCAGUCAGUCAAGGUUGGUUACCAAUCAAAUAAUGUUGUAUCUUCAUCUUCUUCUGGUAGACCUCGAUGCCAUGAGACCAAUUACAAUAACCAACAUAAUGGGGAAGCCAAUUCUUCAAUCUCCAAUGAUUGCAUGGACAUGGUUAUGCAUGCUGAUAGUCCAGUCUAUGAAUAACCUUUCUGAAUUUCCCCUCUGCUUUUUUCUUUGACCCUGGUUUAGAUUUAUUUGUUGUAAGGUCUAGGAAACUCGAAAUUCUCUGCAAAUGUACUGAAGUUAAAUGUUUAUGUAUCAUUGUAUUCUACAUUUCUUCAAGGUAUAUAUGGCAAUUGUUUACAUGU